AUGGCAGAACCCCCGCCAGAGAGCUCUCACCCCCCACCUGGUACGCCCUUGAUCGAUUCUUCUCGAUCCUACGGAGACUCCAUGGAAGAUCCAGAUCCCCAAGCGACACGGAAACGACCGCGUCUUGAUAGUGGAACUCGCGUGGGAGAGUCGUUGUCCAUCGACGCCUGCGCGACACCUCCGGCCGCACCUGCCUCGGAUAUGGAUGUCACGCCCGAUUCAGCUCGCCCCAGCAAAGUGACAAUUAACGUGAAGUCUCCAACCAUUGACAUGACUUCCGAAUCCGACCCCUCAUCAACACAAUCUCAACCACCUCCACCUGCCGCCUCUCCGCAGCCCUCAACCACCGACAACACCGAUAUGACCCCAUCCAACGUGAUCUCGAUAGCUUCCUCACCCGCCCAAAGUCCCGAAAUCGAGGUCGCGGAGCUGGAGGACAUGGAUCAGGACCCAAAUACAUCCAACUGGAGACCCCUGGAGGAGGCAUUGCGUGGCCGUGCCGUCUCGGACGUGGUCGAGGUCGAGGAUGAAACCGAGGAUCCUCUGGCACUCAUUGAUAUCUUCCCAAAAUUGUACGACGACGAGGAAGCUCGCAGAACUUUGCAAAGAAUUAUCAUCAUGGUGGAAAAGAAUGAUGGUCGAGACGCUAGAAUACUUACAGUCGUGAAAGCCUGGAUGGAUGAAUGUGCAAACAACUUAGAUUGCUUACUACCCGUAUCUGUCUUCGAUGAUCUUGACUUCUGGGAACUUGUUCCGAAAUUGAUGGAAGCUUUGCUUCGCCGAAAUCAAGAACUGCCUAUGGAUGAUGGAAAGGGAGUUUUACUCACCCUCGAGGAAUUUCUCGUGGACUAUGUUCACCUUGCGCUUCACUUGAUUCGCAUGGACUGCACGACAUUGCGCCAUGCGAUCGACGACCCAGAAAGGCAGGAUAGUUUUGCUCAUGCUUUUUUGGACCCUCUUGCCUGGCUGUUGCAAUACAACUCCAUUCCGUUUUUCCGUGCCAUGGAAAAUGUCUAUGGUGUGGAAGUUGUUGAUGUUUUGGCUCGAGUCCGGGCAAAAACAAUCGCCCUCAACGUUGUACAGGAGCUGACAGACUACGCAUCCCUGAUUAUCCAGAAUGUCGCGAAGCGCCCGCAAUGGGUCAGCGCCUUGAUUCCAUUUCUCCAUGCCGCAAAUAGCACCAUUGACAGCACCGUGGAACGCAGGCAGAGCGUACCCGAAGGACCACCUCUUGAUUCACCAUUAGACACUCCUUAUCUUGCAUUGCUCUAUGGUACCAUACGCCUGAUCGAUGAUAAAUUUCAAGAAUGGAUCACCAAGAAAUCCUCGUGGCUGACAAGUGAAUUGGCCGAGCAAUUAUUGCGUCAAAUCCAACGCAGUUUUAACAUGCUCGGUAUUCGUGACAGUGAUUUUAUCAAACAAUUGGCCAAGGACCUCUCGAUCGAGAUCCCAGAUGAUGCUGAUUCCAAAGACCAACUUCAUGUCAUUACCUGGGGAUGGAAAUUCCGAGUUCUGAAGAAGUACAUAAUGGAAGGUCGAAUGGAACUUCGAGCCCAUGGCGUGGAAUCCAUGCAGUCGGAUUUGAUCUCCAUUUGGAAGCAGUACGUCUCCCCAGAUCCUGCUGGAAUUGCAUUACCAUUUGUUCAAUAUCUGGUCCGAUUCAUUCGGGACAAUAAGAUCGUGAAUUAUCUUGUGGGUGUGGAUUCCCAUCCCCAGUUGAUCAGCCGCAGCAGCAACAUCGUUGGCUUUUUGAUUGUGACAUCAACAUACACCAAUUCCGAGACAGACAUUAUCUGGAAAACUGUGACGGACAGCCAAGACAGCCGUAUUGUCACCGAGGUUUUAUCCAUGCUUAUCAAGACUUUCUGGAUGCACCCAAGCACAGCCCCAGCAUUGAUCUACAUCUGCGCCAAAGUCUUGGAGCUACCCUUGGAUCGAUUUGACACGCGCAUCAUCGAUAUUUGUGAUAGCCUACUUGGCCGGAUUUCCGAAAGACCGGUUGACCAGGUCGGCGGUGACUACGUCGACACAAUUCCCUUGCGAUUAUGCGUACGCUUGAUUCGAGAAAGUACUGCAGCAGAGGACAUGUCUAUUGAACACAAGAAAUUGCUGCAAAGCUUGGGUACCAAGCACCUUGAGCGGUUUAUUAAAUCUGGUAUCAGUUCAAACGAUAGAAUGGAGAUGUACGAGCGGUGUAUUCAGGAUAUCGCCGAGAUGAAUCAAUUCACUGCGGGAAGUAUCCAGGUGCUCAGUGCUCUUGUUCCGAUGCACGACUCGCAAGAGAUGAGAAAGCUGGCCGAGGAGUUUGACUUGACUCGUCUCGUGAUAAAGGAUCUUCUUCACACCGUGAAUGACGAUCAAAUCGGUCUUUCCAAUGGAUUCUCACACUAUGGCCUUAUCUCCCGUGUUGCAAUCUUAUUCCGCCUCAUAGAUAUGGCACCGGAUACAAUCACCCCCGAACUCGGGAGCGCCUUCUGGAACGAAAUUCUCUUGUCGAAUAAAUUGGGCCAUGAUGGACAAAAGGCAGCUUGGAACAUGAUGGUCAGUGCUUUGAGCAGAAGCUCCAAAUCUAACCCGUUUCUGGAGCGCUGCAUUCGUGAGUAUUUACCUGGUUUGUCGCCAAGCGAUUACACCAGUGAAGUUCUCUCUUUUGCGAAACAGUCUAUCAGUUACGAUGUUCGCUUCAACCCACCAACCCCAGCAGGACCGGAUGAAGUUAUCACUGUUCCCGGGAUGGAGAGAAUCUGGAACUUCAUUUUGACAGCUCUACCUGGCACCAUCGAAGCCGAGGCUACAGCAUUUGCCAUUGAGGUUUACCUAGAUCACCAGAUCAUUCGCAGUUCUCCUCGAUCCGCCAUCGAAGCCACCCAUAUCGCGAUUGUCAAUCGUUGCAUUGAUCAAUUGAAGUCGACCGCGGCAACUCUCAAGACCCCCGAACACGCCGUCCUCAAUGAUGAUACGUCGAUGGACAGCGUGGUCCCGACUGGAGAACUAGGGCCUGAUGAAAUUAAGUUCAGGCGCUCUCUGCUCUUCCUUCGGCAGUUCUUGUAUGGCUUGAGAACUCGUCCACUCUACAGUCCUCCAAAAGGACCCCCUCCUCGUCUCCCAGAACGACCAUUGAAAGGCAACCCAAUCGAUAUCUCUUGGCAAUCGUUUAACGGCAGCGCCAGUUCACCUAUCAGUACAUUACAAAUCGGAGACCUUUCCACGGCGGCAGAGCUGAUGGAAAGAUUCACCCAGCUCACUGGGUUCUCCAAAUUGUCGGCCAUCUGGGGUGGCCAGCGAAUUGACCUUCUCAAAGACCCGGAAGCACUCGUGAAGAACAUGACACUUCACCCUGGUCUACUAAUUCUUCGCAGGGCACCGGAUGCCCAAGAGGUCUCACAUGACAGCAAGCAGCAAUAUCUCACAGCAGUUGACUCUGAAGUGCUCAUGCAUUUCGAUGAGAUUUAUGAGCUCCUGUCCCUCAAAGAUGACUUGGCGAGAGAAAUUUUUGAUUUCCUCAUUGUCUUCCCGCCACAAGAACGAGUCUUGAGGCUCGUCAAGUCAGAAGAUAGCGACGAGAAAACGCUUUUUCCGCUUCAAAAACCAUUCCUGGCGCUCUAUUCAUUCACAGCACUAUUGGCUUGUCUUCAAGAGGAGGGUGCCCAGGUGACACCUAAGCAGAGCUUCGUCUCGCACAGCAUUGCGAUGUUGGUGGCGUUUCUGAUGUCCGAUGAACUUUUGGAAUCUUUGAAGCGCAACAAGCUUCGACUCGCCCUUGCCACGAAGUCAAUCGAAUCGCUUUUAUCUGCCCUUGCCGUUUACCACCCGGAGAAUGACAGCGUGGCUUUGAUUACAGAUCCGGCUCCUUUUGCUCAGAGGCUACUAAAUCUUAUUGAAAUCGCUCGCUCUCUGACUGUCUCUCCCGUGAUCGCCCCUGGCCUCCACAAGUUGAUAUGCAGCUCGUUUGCAUUCCUUAUUGAAGGCUCAGUGCGCGACUAUAAACUUUGGGAAAUAGUCAAACAACAUGCCCAAUUUGAUCACCUGAUGCGCGAGUUGCUUCUCAAAGAAUCCCGACAAGCCAUUCGAAAUGAUGUUGCCGAGAGGAUCAAAAUGAUCUGCAACCCUUCGAAAUUUUUGAAGCCAUCAGUGAAGAUGUUUGGUGAUGAUUUGCAAGCUCAAGAUUCUGCAGAGAGUCCUACCCGAAUCGACAUGCUUGCGACCAUUUGGAACGCCUUGGUCCAAACAAUCCCACAAACACCUGAUUAUGCUACACAGUCUGCUGAGUUUUUCAGAGUCGCUCUGUGGGUUUUCCGCUCUGUUGCCGAGAAGUCCCCUCGAGAUGUCAUUAUCAGCCAUUAUCUUCGGGAAUGGACCGAGAUCAUGUUUCGCCAUCAGACCGAAGAGUUUGUUGGACGUGAGAUAGUAGACGAAUUCGUGCUGGGAAUUGCUCUCUUACUAGAGAACUGCCUUGAGUUGGCUGACCGUGCCAAUAUUGAGUUGGAUACAUUUGAUCUCGCAGACAAAAUCUUGAACACUUAUCUUUUCCCAGACUUGUCGGAUGUUUCCGAAGGUCCAGUCAGCCCGUGUAUCCCUGUGAUGCACAACCUGACACGUCAGAAGCUGUACAAUAUCAUCAAUCUAUUGUGCAAGCGAACGCACGACAAUUUGCAUAAAACCAUGCAGCAGCUGGAAGACAUUGUGCCUCGAGAUAUUUCUUAUGGUCCGAACUCGAGUUUCGAUCGUUCAAAGAUGAUUCGAGCCCCAGAGGGAUACGCGGGUCUAAAGAACCUGUCGAAUACUUGCUACCUCAACUCGCUGAUGACGCAACUUUUUAUGAACGUGGAAUUUCGGGAUUUCAUGCUAAGAUUGCAGGUCGUGGAUGGCGACUCUUCUCAGCGACUGCUAGAUGAAACUCAAAGGCUCUUUGCAUGGAUGCAGAAUACUUGGACAAAGAGCAUUGAUCCACAAUCAUUUGUUGAGAGCAUCCGGACUUAUGACAACGAAGCCAUUGAUGUCACCAUUCAAAUGGAUGUUGAUGAGUUCUACAAUCUUCUCUUCGACCGCUGGGAAGCCCAGGUUGUCGACUCAAAGGACAAGAAGAAGUUCCGAUCUUUCUACGGUGGUCAAUUGGUUCAGCAGAUCAAGUCCAAGGAGUGCUCACACAUUUCGGAGAGGCUGGAGCCAUUUUCUGCUAUCCAGUGUGACAUCAAGGGCAAAGCAAGCCUAGAAGAAAGCUUGCAGGCGUAUGUCGAGGGUGAGAUCAUGCAAGGAGACAAUAAGUACUCUUGCACUGCUUGUGGUCGUCAUGUUGAUGCUGUCAAGCGUGCCUGCCUGAAAGACGUACCUGAUAAUCUUAUCUUUCACUUGAAACGAUUCGACUUCGACAUGGUCUCAAUGAUGCGAAGCAAAAUCAACGAUGAAUUCCAGUUCCCCGAGCGUAUUGAUAUGACGCCAUACAAGGUUGAGUAUCUAUCUGAUCCAGAGAUGCUUGCUGAGCCUGAUGUUUUUGAGUUGGUUGGGGUUCUGGUCCACACUGGUACGGCCGAGUCUGGGCACUACUACUCAUACACUCGUGAGAGACCCUCCGCAGGAUCUGCAUCAUCCUGGGUUGAGUUCAAUGACUCGGAUGUGAGCCAAUUUGACCCUUCCACAAUUGCGGACCAAUGCUUUGGCGGCCAGGGCGAUUCGAUGCAUUCGAUGGGCGGGGUACAGAUUAACAAAGUCUGGAACGCUUACAUGCUGUUCUAUCAGCGUGUAUCGACGAUGGAAAAGUCGAAAGAAUGCUACCAGCCGCUGAAGCAGAAUUGCCCGGUACGAGUUCCCGUGCCCAUCGAUUAUGCGAAUCACAUCGCCAUGGACAACGAGUUGUUCAUUCGAACAUACUGUCUUCUGGAUCCUUCCUACGCAUUCUUCGUUCACCGUCUACUCGAGAGGCUACGCGAGACGAACGUUGAGUAUGCCCACAAAUCGGAGCUGGAAGUGCUUGCCAUAGACGUUGGUCUGGACACUUUCGAGCAGCUGAUUGCGCGAACCAAAGAAUAUCUGGGAGCAGACUGUAUCUACGCUGAGCUAUACAAAUUGCUUAGUCGGAAUCCACGCGCAGCUCUGCAGACGUUGAAAUGGGCUUGUGACAGGGACACUUCGCUCCACAAUAUCAUUUUGCGAACUGCCAGUCAGGACAUUAGACAAAAGGGAAUUAUGCUUCUGAUAGGAUCUCUCAAGCGACUACGGAUGCGCUUGAAAGAUCCAGACAUGGAUGAGAACGACCGUGUUCGUCUGGAGAGUCAAGCCCAGCCGCUUGUUGAGCAUAUUGUGGAGAUGCUGCAGCGUCUAUGGCCUGCGCUACAGGGUAUCCCGCGUGGCUGGGAAGAUUACUUCGACUGUUUUCUCCGACUUGCCGAGUGCGGACCCGAGGUCAUUGGCAUCUUGCUUCAGAAAAGCAUCUUCACCCGCUGUCUCGAGAUUAUUUGGCUCGACCAGGAUGACAAGAUGAAACUGAGACUGUCCUACCAGAAUUACAGCAGACUGCUGGAGAAGGGGCGCCGGUUCAUUUAUAAAAACAUGCUGGUUCUCUGCUCUGUCUUCUUCAGGAGUAUUGACUUUUCACUGCCUGUACUUUCAGACAAUGAAGUUCGCCGGAUGUCACCAAACAGCAAGUACGCGCUCACCUAUACUGAAAGCAAGUAUAUCUGGGACGUCGACGAUGAUGGCAACGCCGGGUUCUUAAAGCAAUUACUCCAACACGAGCAUUUUGGUCUUCAAGAUGCUAUUCUGGACAUGUUUGUCAGCCUUGUGGCAGCAGAGCCCGAAGCGAACUUCCUCGAUCGUAUUGUCAAAUCUUUGGAGCUUGGUCUGCGGCUAUCGCCGGCAGAUCUUUGUACUCCAUAUCUUUGCAUGGCCAUUGUUUACUGCAAACACGCACCUGAGGUAGCAGAGGUGACUGGCAUGAUUGACUUUGUGGCCAAAGGUGUGAGCUCCAUUAACAACAGUGGUGGCAUUGACCACAUUGACUUUUUCGCUCAGCUUUGCAAUCAAAGCACUGUCAAUGAGCGACUGUCGUUGCCAUCUGAGUGGUUCAAGAGUAUUGUUCAGCAAAAGAUCCCGGACUUCGUUCCAACCUUGCUUGUCGAUACGGAAAAAGUGGUCCGCCAACAGACACUCGAAAUAGCCAACAGACUCCUUUUUGCUCUGGAUAGAGAGGACAACAUGGCCGAACCUCGCUCUCCGCAUGUUGAAAUUGGCAGGCAGCUAGCCAGAGCCUGCGUACAACGGAUCAAUGAUCCAUUCCUCACUGGGCAAAUAGCAAGUGUUGAGUCCAGACUGGUGUACAGCAUCACAUCGACCCUUACUCAUUGUCUGGAGAACUAUUUCGACCUCGAAAAUGAACAGGACUCUCUCUUCGUCCGUCGGGCAAACGACACCCUCACCUUGCUCGAUCAAAUUACAGUUGAUGUUCCCGACGAUUUUAUCUCAGAAUCCGAAAUGCCCUCUCCAGAAGAAUGGGAAGCCACAUCCGUGCUGGCCAGUGACUCUGAAAUGGGACUCGCGGGCUCCCCUUAGAUGGAUUGAGCCUAGACACUCUCGGCUCGAUUUUAUUGUUCUUUUCUGUUUUUCUUUCUUGCUUAAGGAGAUAUUACAUGGCUUCAGCGAGCGUGACAUGGAGUUGUGAUGAUAAGAUUCAACUACGAUUUUAUGACCUGGGAAAUUUGCACUUUUUUCUGUUUUACGGGGCCUGGCGUUGCUUUUCCC